CUCAAACUGAAGGCGCCUUUUGUUGUUUUCUGAGUUUAGAUUUCUUAGCUUUAUUUUUCUCAUUUUGAUUGUAAUUAAACUAAGUAAACUCCUCGGCUGUGCGCCUCACGCCGCGUUUAUGCGACACUCUGCCCCUGAUCAAACCUCUGCAGUCUGACCACAAUGUUGCAGAGAGAGCUGAGCACGUUCUCUGUGACUCCUGCUGCCAGUGUCCUGUCCAGAUGUGUGUCCAGAGGAGCCCUGAGACAGGAGGAGGUAGACUCUGCCCUCUCUGAUACAAGCUCCACCUUCUCCUCUAACCUGUCCAGAGCCGAAGAGCGAAUUCAAGCGCAGAGAGAACUGGACCAGUUACAGUUACAGAUGGAGUUGUUGCAGAUGGACAAACUGAAUGCAGACGUCACUCACCCGUUUCACCUCAUGCGUCAGUUCGAGCAGUUGCAGCUCUUCUGCUCUCACCUCCAGGAUGUGCUCCGGGACCACACUGGGCUCAGACAGAGACUCCUGAGGCCCCUGGGGUGGACGCACCUGCCAGUCCCUGCCCACCUGCACAGAUAUGUAGUGGAGGUGGUGCGGAUGUUCCUGGACUUCAUUGAGACUCUAGAGCUGAAGAUCUCGUUUGUCCGGCACAGUUCCAGCGCUCCUGAACACCUCAUGGAGAUGAGCUCCUCCCUCUCUCAGCUCCUGACGCUCGCGGUUGAGGUUCAAACCUUGUCCAGUCAGAUUCUAACCUGGAAGGAAGUCCGGAGUAGCAUUUUGAGUGACAGCUCUGAGCGAACCGUGACCUCUGAACCCUGAGCCCACAAGUGACCUCUGAACCCUGUCUCCCUGACCUCUGUGUCUCUGUGAAUCUCACCAUGG